AUGCUAGCCUUUGAAAAGAUCAACUACUACGUUGAGGACUGCGGCAAGCUCUCCCGCUCUUACGGGAAACAUACGUGUGACCUUUUCCUGGCCCCCGAAUGCAGGUCCCAGUGCAAACGCAACGUUCACGUGGAGAGUGUUACCGCCAAGAACGGCGGUGAGCUGGCCGGCACCAACCUAACCUACACGGACACUGCCACCCCCAAGAACGUCUGCGCCGACGCCAAAAACAGGUGCCGGAUGUACAACAGCUGCGCUGGUGGCUGUGAGCCCUCCGAGGCUGGCACCUGCUCCGGCUAA